AUGGAUACGCAGAAUCCCUUGGCUAAGGUCACAAGCGAUGUGCUGGAUACCAUUUUUGGCCAGGAGCCGAGGUUUGUUCGGCUUAAGCGAAAAACCAAUUUGUUGAAGGCACAGCUCUUAGCUAAGCGGUUGGCCCCCCGUGAGCGUGCCCUUAGGGAUAGCUGGUCCGAUGGGAUGAAAAAGGUGCUGGGAUCAAAGAAUCUCAUCUUGUGGGAAACUCUUUUGCGCCAAGAGGGCUAUGACGAUCUUGAGGUAAUCCACUUGAUGAAGCGCGGUGUCCCUUUGGUCGGAACCCCGGACACGCCCUCAUGCUACGAGGCAAAGUUGACGCCGGCUACGAUUACAGAGGCCCAGCUUCGUGAUUCAGCUAAGUGGCGCAGGAAGGCCCUUGCUUCCAAACCUUUGGCUAUGUCCGACGAUUGCUUUGGUCCUUUGGAAGAUGCAUGCCAAGAAGAGCUUGACAAAGGUUCUCUAGAAGGCCCUUUCCACAGCGAGGAAGAAGUCACCCGGUUCUUAGGUCACGAUCGCUGGUGUUGCAUUCGGCGCUUCAUCAUCCAACAGGGUGACAAGUAUCGGCCGAUCGAUGAUUGUUGCGAGUGUCAGUUGAACGAGGGGUACUCUUCAACUUUCAAGUUACGCUUGCAGGAUGCCGAUUAUUUUGCUUGCCUUGCUAUGGACGUGUGCCGAAGGGUGGUUUCCAAUCCUUCCCGACAGGACUUGAAAGGAUGGAGCGGUAAAUGCCUUGACUUGAGCCGUGCAUACAAGCAGCUGGCUAUCUUACCUGUACAUGUGGACUUGGCGGUAUGCCUAACCCACACUAAGGAAGGAAAGCCCGUGUAUUAUGUGCCGAACAGUCUCAUGUUUGGAUCCAAUGCCGCAGUUUACGCCUUUAACCGAGUGAGCAGGAGCAUCCAUUUUCUCUUGAGUCGACUUUUGAUCCUUCCCAUGUCUUGCUUCUACGAUGAUUUCCCUAUCCUCAUCCCGACUGGCGAGGCUGAUGAGGUUGAUGGGAUGAUUUCAGAGUUGCUUGACAUUCUGGGUUGGGAGCACAAGCGGACGGGUGCACAGGUGCUUCUGGGCCUCCUGAACUUUGCUUGUGGCUACUACCAUGGCCGUGCGUUGAGAUACCUUUGCAAGGAUCUCAUCACUGUGGUCACAGGUGGAUCGUUGGAUGGUCGUGCCCUGCAAGUCUUUUGCGACGAGGUCAAGCAGACCUUGCAGAACACCCCGCCUAGAGUUUUGAAGCUUUCUUCUUCGCAAGAAGUUGUGCAUCUUUAUGUUGACGGGUCGUGGGAAGAUGGGUUUGCCGGAAUAGGAGCAGUCCUGAUCAAUCCAGCUACGGGUGUCGGUCGCGUUUGGCAGGGAGUUGUUCCAAGUGCCAUCAUAUCCAGGUGGAAACGGGAUGUGAGCGAGUUCUUGAUAUGUCAGAUAGAACUUUACGCUGCCCUGUGUAUGCGUGUUCAUCUUGCCGAUUUUCUCUAUGACCGCAAGCUCAUCCUAUGGACUGACAACGACGCGACGGGACAAUGCUUGGUGAAGGGCCGAUCGCCCAGCCCUUCGAUGCAAGUCAUGGUCAAGUGUUUCGGGCGAGCAGACAUCAAGCAACCGUGUUACUUGUGGAUCGAUCGAAUCCCCUCUUCGUCAAACCCGGCAGAUGCUCCGAGCCGUGGCGAAGGUGAGAGUGUCUUGAAGCUCGCAGGUGCUAGUCGACUUGAGUCGUUUCCUACGCUUGCCUCCUUCGAGUGA